AACCGGAGAGUAGAGACACUAAAAAGGAAAAAAUAGGGUAGGCAAGUAAGAGUCGAUCGACUUUGAAUCUCCAGAGUCACAAAAUUGUCUGUGUUUACAGCAAUUGAAUCGGAAUACAAGGAUAAGGAUGCGUAGUGACAAGAUGACAAGUGAGAAUAUGGUGGGAGCCCCGUUGGCCACUUCAGCGGUGCUCAUGGCUGCUUCAAAGCAUAUAUCCACAAAUUGUCGAGCCGAGAACAAGGCAUUUCUUCACUGCAAGAAAACGGACACUAAUCCUGAAAAAUGUUUGUCACACGGCCACGAGGUUACCAGAUGCGUCUUUUCUUUGCUGAGAGAACUUCAUGGAAAAUGUCCAAAAGAGAUGGAUUCUUACUCAGGAUGUAUGAACUAUUAUGGAAAUGAAUUUGAAUUGUGCAGAAGAGAGCAAAAGCAAUUUGAAUGUGCUUGCCCUUUGAAUGAAUAAUUGAACUUCUAUUAACAAGAACAGUAGAUAUUUUCUUUCAUGCAGAAGAAACCAUGCACCAAGCUGAAAUUCAUGAAUCGAUAAUCAUAUUUUCAUCCAAAAUAAUUGUCUUUAAUCGGCCAACAUUUUGAUAAUUUUGGUAUUUUUUGAAAUAGGUUGAUUGGGCUUGUGUAUGCAAGUAAUGUACUUAUGGAUACAUCAUAUAGGCCACAUUGAUUCAGCUUGUGUCACAUUUGUGAGCCUAGGAACAUUAAUUUUAAUAUUUAAGGGGCAGAAUCUGAAUGCCCCAGUUCUUACGAAGUACAAACAGAUAGUAAAAUUAAUAAUUCACCUGAAGAGAAACCA